CCUCGCGCCCGCCUGCUUCCCAUUUACAUUCCCGCGUGCGUCUCUCUAAAAAUUUCGCUCUCAAUCUCUACAAUUUCAUCUCCAAGGCUCUCUCCGAUUCUCCCCCUUUCCUUCUUCAUCUUAUUUCUCCUUCGAUUCUCUUUGAUUUCUUACAGUUUUGCUAAUUCGAUCAACUGCGGGGAUGCGAAGCGACGUUCAGCACCAGUAAGACAGGGAUUGCGGAAGAGAAGGAAGGAUAGACAGACAGACAAUGUUGAAGUACCUUGACAAAUCGCAGGAUCCAAAUAUUAACCUACAUGAGAAGGACGUUCUGACUUGUGCCCAAGAUUCGAGUAAAAUGUCAUCCCCAAGACUUCUUAAUCAAAGUAAUACUGAAGAAGUAGCCGACAGUUUUCAACAGCUUUCCCUUGGUAUUGGCCAUAAAGAAGAAAAUGCCUUGUCGAUAUUCAAACCUCCACUUUCACGACCACCUCGCAGUCAGAAAAAACUUCUCAUUCUUGAUAUAAAUGGUGUGCUUGUCGAUAUUGUAAGUCCUUCUCCGAAGGAGAGGAAAGCAGACAUUAAUAUUGCUCGACGUGCAGUUUUCAAAAGACCUUUUUAUUUAGAUUUCUUGAAGUUCUGCUUUGAGCGAUUUGAAGUUGGCAUAUGGUCAUCAAGAAACAGGAAGAACGUGUCAAAAAUGGUUGAUUAUUUGAUAGGAGACAUGAAGCACAGAUUAUUAUUUUGUUGGGAUCUUUCGUACUGCACUGCUUCAGGAUUUAGUACUCUUGAAAACAAGCAUAAACAUCUAGUUUUCAAGGAACUGAGAAGACUUUGGGAGAAGCAGGACCCGAAUCUUCCAUGGGAACAGGGAGAUUAUAACGAAUCUAAUACGGUGUUGCUGGAUGAUUCACCAUACAAGGCGUUGCUUAAUCCUCCACAUACUGCAGUUUUUCCAUAUUCUUACACGUUUCUAGAUGAAAAAGAUACUUUGUUGGGUACAGGAGGGGCUCUUAGGGUUUAUUUAGAAGGAUUGGCUGAAGCUGAAAAUGUACAGAAGUAUGUGGUACGAAACCCAUUUGGUCAAACUCCCAUAUCAGAAGGAAGUGUAUCUUGGGACUUCUAUCACAUGGUUUUGCUCAACUUUCAUUCCUUUCCAUCAACUAUUUGAUUUCUUUUCUAUUGUUUUUGUGGGCUAAUUUGAAAGGUGUAACCAUCACAAGUUGUGAAGUAAUCAUGUAUUAAGUUAAACUUUUUUUUUCCUUCCUAACCAAAAUGAAUGAAAGUCAACAAAUUAUUGCA